ACGUCACAAUUACAAGACACCGGGUUGCGACAUCGCACCAGCUGCGCUCAGCACCGCUGCGGGACAGACGGUAAGCCGAACGUCGAGUUGGAGUGAGUGAGAAGUUGAACUAGCUACACACCCGAGGAUUUAAGCGUCCUCUGACGUUUCAUCAUGGCCGAGAUGGCCGAGAGUCAGUUUUCUCUGAUGAGUCUGGAGGAUGAACUGACCUGCAGCAUCUGUCUGAGUCCCUUUGACUGUCCGGUGACCAUCCCCUGCGGACACAACUUCUGCCAGGACUGCCUGCUCGCCACCUGGAAGGACUCGUACAGCUGUCCUCAGUGCCGGACCCUCUUCGCCACCAAACCGGAGCUGAAGAAAAACACGGUCCUCAGCAGCGUUGUGGAGACUUUCAACUUGAGGACGAGCAAGAGCGAGACCGGCCUGAAAGAAACGUCCGAGGAGACCAAUGAAGCCGCGAAAAAACACAAUGUCAUACGUUGUGAUGCAUGUAUGGAAGCAGAAGCGUCCCAGACCUGCCUCACCUGCAUGGCCUCUUUCUGCGAGGAACACCUGCGGCCUCACCGGGAAAACCCAGUAUUUCGUCUCCACCAACUGAUCGAGCCUGUCGGCGACCUGUCGGAGCGCAUCUGCCCGGACCACCACAAGCUGAUGGAGCUCUUCUGCAGCCAACAUGGCCGGCCAAUCUGCAGCCUCUGCCUCCAGCAGGUCCACAAAGGCUGCUCCUUCAUUUCUCCAGAGGAGCAGAGGAACAUGAAAGAGUCCGACCUGAGAGGCAAGUUAAGUUUGCUGGACGGGAAGAUUACGAAGAAUGAGAAUGUGUUAUCUCUAAUGGGUGACAUGCAGGACAAGCUAAAGGACUCGGCGACCAACAGGAAGGCUGCUUUGGCAGCUGAGUAUCAGCAGAUCCGUGAUAUGUUGGCUCGAGAGGAGCGUGAUGCUCUGAUCACAGUGGACCGCGAGCUGGAGGGUGGUCAGACCAAACUCAAGGGUCUCGCGAAGAAGUUCACCGAAAACGUUGACACUUUGAGCAAAGCUAGAGAAGAUAUCCACAGUCUGCUGAGUCAGUCCCAAACUCUGGCCUUCCUACAGGCUUCGUUUAACCUGCCCCCGGCCGUCAACUUUGAACCUCACACCCCUCGAAUCAACCUGGACUCCAAGAAGGUGACGGCAGCACAGGCCUUCUCUGCUGCCCUGAAGGAGCAUCUGACAGACCUCCUGAAACAGCCGCUGGACGCCAGACUGCUGAAACUUAAACCAGAUGGGAAAGCAGAUCCUGACUCGGCAUCCGCAACUUCUGGAAGUACUGGAUCCCAGCCGAAAUCUGAAGAACCCAAGCCGGAAAAGCAGAAAAGAGGGCCCAGGUCCCACAGUCCAGGUCGUCCACCCAUCCAGCCAUCAUUCCAGCCAGUUCAUGGACCUGGUUUUGUGGGGCCACAUGGGAACUUCUAUCGACACCAGCAUCCACCUGGCCUUUUCAGGGGUUCUCAGUUUAUGGCAGGACAAAGGCCAGGAGCUUAUCGGGGCUUUACGCCUUUCAACCCUUCCCAGGAAACUGAGCUGAUGUGGACAGAUCAAGGGUUUCAACCCAAAGCAGGCCCAAAGAAGAAACCUCAAAAACAAAAACCUCCCCAAGCCAAAGAGGACAACAUGGGAAAAAAGGAUCAAGCCUGUUCAAUGGAGAACCUGUUGGAGUUCGGUGGGAGCGACGAACCCAGAGGCUGUAUCCUGUAUCCAAAACCAGAAAACCAAGAAACGUCGGACAUUCCCCCAAACAUAACAUCUGCUGAGAAAAGAACUGAGCUUCUGAAAUAUGGCACGAUACUCACUUUGGAUCCAAAGACGGCCCACAAACGCAUCGCACUGAGCGAGGGCUUCACUAAGGCCUCUGUGUCAGACGAGCACGCAAACUACCCCGACUGCCCCGAACGCUUCGCCGUCUGCUCCCAGGUGCUCGCCUCCAAGGGCUUCUCUAGAGGCCGCCACUACUGGGAAGUCCGGCUGAGCAGCAGCAACUUCAUUGGCGUAGGCUUGGCCUACAGCAGCAUUGACCGCAAAGGUCCCACCAGUCGACUGGGCCGCAACGCCCACUCCUGGUGCGUGGAGUGGUUUAACGUCAAGCUGUCGGCUUGGUACAACAGCGGUGAGACCGUGCUGGUCAAUCCCAAUCCAAAGCGCAUAGGUGUGCUGUUGGAUUGUGACGAGGGCACUGCUACGUUCUAUAACGUGGCCGACAGGGCAUACCCCUUCCACUCCUUUGUGUUCCCCUUUGCUGAAGCGGUGUAUCCGGCUUUCUGGAUUUUCUCAAGUGGCUCGUCCAUUUCUUUGUGCAAGCUGCAGGCAUGAGGAGCAUAUGCAAUUUAAUGGCAUAUGCAGGCAGGCAAACGCAUGUAUACAGUCAAUCCUUUGUUCUAAUCGCGAUCAUUAAUGAUGGAAAAGAAUACUUUCCUAGUUGUACUAAGUGUUUAUAACAGCACAAAUGUCAACAUAUUGGAUAUACCCAAGAUUAUUUAAAAAAAAAAAAAAUCACUUUCCAUAUCAACAGACAGUUAUACCUCCAGCUGAAUGCUUAUGG